GCCCUGCGGUGUGGAGCCGAUUGCCUCCCGCCUGCCGUGUCAAUCGAAGAAAGUUGUUGGAAAGAGACGGGAGAAGGACCGAAAUUCGGAUAUUUCGCCUCAACAAUUUCCAUUGUCACGUAACCUAGAAAUCUUUCUUUUUGAUUUUGUCUGCUUUUGCUUCUCUAUUUCGGUGUGAUUGUCGCGGGGACGGCUAUCCGUGGGAUCGGCUGCCUUGUGCUCCAUGUUCCACUCCAGUUGACUUUCUGCGGAUGGCAAGAGGAUGAAAAGAAGCCGGGUUUGACUCGUUCGUUAUAAAAAUUUCAAAAUACUUGGUAUUUAUACCGCGCCAUUCGCCGCAUUCUCUUUUAAAUCCUACCAGAACAGAGUGAUACCUUGACCGUCACUCUCACCCUCCGGUCACAGCGGCAUGUCAUCCAAUAUGACGUCGUCGGCCGAAUAUAAACCACCAGCAACGGCUGCAGAUGCUGCCACCGGCUCUGGCACCACCGCCAGCAGCAGCAGCAGCAGCAGCACGAUGGCCUCGCCGCAGCAACAGCAGCAACACCAAAUACACAACCAGUUGUCCGGUGCACAAGCACCUCAUAGCCCCAAUCUCCCGUCGCGCAUUGCGUCGGUGAUGAUUAUGGGCUUGACGGGUGUCAUCUCAAGGGCGUUCUUGUACGGCUUCAACGACAUUGAAGUCAAGGGCCUCGAUAGGUUUAAGCAGCUUUUAGACAGUCGUGAAGAUGCUGAACGGAGAGAGCGUGGACUUCUCACAGUCUCCAACCAUAUCAGUGUUCUCGAUGACCCCGUAGUAUGGGGUGUCCUCCCAUUAAGUUACGCCUUCAACCCGAACAACCUCCGAUGGACACUGGCCGCUCAUGACAUCUGCUUCGCCAACCCAACAUUCUCCGCCUUCUUCACAGCCGGCCAAGUCCUCCCCUGCCACCGCCUCAAACACUCCCCGCACGGCGGUCUCUUCCAGCCCUCGCUCACCCAAGCCAUCCGCCUCUUGUCGUCCCAACCCUUCGUCCAACCGGGCUUCUCCCCCAACGCGCCCCUGGUGACCUCCCCCAUCACCUCCCUCCCCACCCCUUCGGCAGUCGACAUCCCCGACCCCUUCACCAUCGGCACCCUCACCUACUCGACCACCGGCUUGGACUCGCACCCGGCGCCCUCCAUCUACACCUCCAACCGACACUCGUGGGUGCACGUCUUCCCCGAGGGUCUGGUCCACCAGCACCCGCAGGUGGAUCUCCGGUACUUCAAGUGGGGCGUUGCGCGCCUGAUUCUGGAGAGCGAGCCGGCGCCCGAUGUGGUGCCCAUGUUCAUCGACGGCACGCAGCAGGUAAUGAACGAGGAGCGCGGGUUCCCGCGCUUCCUGCCGCGGAUCGGCAAGAAGAUCAGGGUGGCGUUUGGGGAGGUGGUGGAUUACGAGAGCACGUUUGGGGAUUUGAGGAGGAGGUGGAGGCGUGAGGUUGAGAGGGUGCGCCAGCAGGAGGAGGAAGCGGAAGCUGCUGCUAAGAGUAAAGGGGAGAUGGUCGAGACCAAGACCAAGCCGAGGUUGCUGGGUGACUUGCCUGAGCAGCUCAAGUAUUCGGAGGAGGCGCAGCAGAUCAGGAUCGAGUGCGCGAGGAGGAUGAGGGAGCAGGUGCUGAAAGUCAGGAGGGAGUUGGGCGGGUAUGAGGAGAGCGAUCCGAGCUUUGGAGAGGCGGGCACGUGGGCGCCGGAUGAGAAGGUUAAGGCCAAGAAGUAUAAGAGCAGGGUCGAUGGGAGCGAGAUCAACCAGGAUUAGGAGUGCCGUGGUUAGUAGCUCGUUGGGGAACCCACCCUAUCGAGCCUAUGUGAAAAUGAGAGUGGAGAUGGAGGAGGAGUGUAGUCGGGAUCGAGGUAGGCCAGAGCGUGGCUACCUACCUAGCUGCCCGAACCUACCUCGGUCUGAGAAGGAAGGAGAUGAAGCAGAGGCACUAUGUGUAGGUAUUUUGUAUGUAUAUAGAUUUGCGGGUUGAUAACAUGGGCGUCUGUGUUAGUGGCGAAAAUCUAGAAAGCGGGCGAAUCAAGAUAGAGCAAGGUUGGGAAAAGCAAUAUACUGUAUUUUAUUGAAGGUAUCAAAGACGGCAGUCGAGC